AGGGGGAAAAGGAUGUGAGUAGCUGAUGUUGUCUUCUCACAGAAUACAGACUGCUGCCCAAUCAGAUGAGAUUCUCAAGGUACUGGCAAACACAAUCCGAUCGUAUCCAUUGAAUUUCCGAGAAGCCAGGAUUUUAAGCGGAAUGGAGGAAGCGAUGUAUGAGUGGAUUACCAUCAACUAUAUUCUGAAGGCAUUUCCGAUGAGUGGCGUGUUCGAGAUUGGAAUGAAGGAAAAGAUUCACGGAGCACUGGACCUCGGUGGUGCCUCCACUCAAAUCAGUUUCAUGCCAUUGGAAGCCAUCAGCAAUAAGACUACAGAAGCCAAAUUUGAACUCUUCGGCUACAACUACUCUAUCUACACACACAGCUAUCUGUGCUACAGGAAAGAGGAAAGCAAUAAGAGAGAUCUCGCUGCAUUAUUAAAGGGGAAGGACUUGACAGUUCCCAUUGAGAACCCUUGUUACCUGAAGGGAUACAUGACCAGCACGACCCUGGAUUACAUCUUUGGCAGUCCAUGUACUUCAGACAAGAAACCCUCACCUUACGACAAAAAACAGGAGCGUAACUCUCGUUGGAACAGGAAGACCAGGAAAAUGUCAGGAAAUUGUGAAAACGCUCUUCAACUUUACAGCAUGUCAUGGAAGCAAGUUAUGUGCAUUUACGGCGUCUAUCAACCACCAAUAAAUGGGAAAUUCUUUGCUUUCUCAGCAUUUUAUUACAUCACCGAAUUCUUUAACUUGAUCUCAAAACGUGCUUCUCUGAAAACCAGCUUGGCUGAGAACCCAAAAGUGCCCAAAUUCAGGCUGAAGAAUUACUGCACCGAUGGCUGGAUUCUACUGACUCUACUGGUGGACGGUUACAAGUUUGACCACUCCACCUGGAAAAAUAUUAAAUUCCAGAAAAAGAUUUUGCAACAUGAAAUUGGUUGGAGUCUGGGCUAUAUGCUGAACGCCUCCAGGAUGAACAUCAAAAUGUAA